UGUUAGAGAUGCCGUACAAGGGGAAGGCGGCGUCCAUGUUGGUGUUGCUGCCUGACAACACCCCCGGUGGCGACCCUGACAACUCCGCCACGCCCCUGGACGCUAUGCUGCGGCGCCUCUCCCACGACACCCUCCGCCACGCCCUCACCAACCUGAAAGAGGAGAACGUAGAUCUUUACUUCCCAAGGUUCAAACUGGAGCAGGCAAUCAAUGAGGAACUUAAGGCGGUGAGUAGUCAGGAUGUUUUACUUGCAUCUCUAUAUAAAUGUUGUCAGUGUUAAGGUAAACAUUUAUGGAAUGUGAGUGUGAGUGUGACACAGACAAGGAGAUGACACAUUGUUUUUAGCAACGCAGACUCCUGAGGCGAUAGUACUUUAAGUAACGUUUUGGUCGAGAGAACUAAAGACCACCAUUACACCAGGCUGUCUACUAUUAAUUUAAGGAGUAAA